AUGGCCAUCGGGGGUAAGAAGGGCAAGAAGGUCACUGGCCUGCUCGCCAGCAGCGGCGUGGCCAAGCCAUCAAAAGUCGCAAAGGCAGACUGGGCCGAGGGCUUUCAGAAGAAGAAGCACGCGGGUGUCCAGGACAUGACCCUCCUGUCCACCAUCACCAACGAGGCCAUCAAUGAAAACCUCAAGGCUCGCUUCUUCAACCAGGAGAUCUACACCUACAUCGCCCAUGUGCUUAUCUCUGUCAACCCGUUCCGAGACCUCGGCAUCUACACCGACGCAGUACUGGACACGUACCGUGGCAAGAAUCGUCUCGAAGUGCCCCCACACGUCUUCGCCGUUGCCGAGGCAGCCUACUACCGCAUGACCACCGAAAAGGAGAACCAGUGUGUGAUCAUUUCCGGCGAGUCGGGCGCAGGCAAGACCGAGGCCGCCAAGCGCAUCAUGCAGUACAUUGCAGCCGUGUCAGGCGGCGACGGCAGUGGUAUCGAGGGUGUCAAGGAGAUGGUCCUCGCUACCAAUCCGCUUCUCGAGUCGUUUGGCUGCGCAAAGACAUUGAGGAAUGACAACUCGUCGCGUCACGGCAAGUACCUCGAGAUCAUGUUCAACAACCUCGGCCAGCCUGUCGGUGCGCAGAUCACCAACUAUCUGUUGGAAAAGAACCGUGUCGUUGGCCAGAUUAAGAACGAGCGUGACUUCCACAUUUUCUACCAGUUCACAAAGGGCGCUUCUCCGCAGCAGAGGGAAGAGUUUGGUCUGCAAGGCCCCGAGGCGUACGCCUACACCAGCACCAGCGGUUGUCUCAAUGUCCCAAGCAUUGACGAUGUCAAGGACUUUGCCGACACGAUCAAGGCCAUGGACAUUAUCGGUCUGUCCCAGGAGGAGCAGACGUCCAUUUUCCGUGUCCUCGCCACCAUUCUCUGGAUCGGCAACGUCCAGUUUGCGGAGGGCGAUGACGGCAACGCCGCAAUCGUCGACCCUGGCGUCACCGACUUUGCUGCAUACCUCAUGAACACUGAUUCCGCGGCGAUUCAAAAGGUGCUCAUGACGCGUAUCAUGGAGACCCAGCGUGGUGGCCGCAGAGGUUCGGUCUACGAGGUGCCCCUCAACGUAUCCCAGGCGCAGUCUGGCCGUGACGCGCUUGCCAAGGCCCUCUACAACAACUUGUUCGAUUGGAUCGUCUCGCGCGUCAACGUAUCCAUGAAGCCCCAACAGCAGUCGUCCUAUGUCAUUGGUGUUCUUGACAUUUACGGCUUUGAGAUCUUCCAGGACAACAGCUUUGAGCAGCUCUGCAUCAACUACGUCAACGAGAAGCUGCAGCAGAUCUUCAUCGAGUUGACCCUCAAGGCUGAGCAGGAGGAGUAUGUCAACGAACAGAUCAAGUGGACUCCCAUCAAGUUCUUUGACAAUGCCGUUGUGUGUGAGCUUAUCGAAGGCAAGCGCCCUGCCGGUAUCUUUGCCACCCUCAACGAUGCCACCGCUACUGCCCACGCCGACCCUUCUGCGGCCGACAACUCGUUCAUCCAGCGCUCGGGCAUGCUCACUUCCAACCCCAACUUUGAGUCUCGCGGCAACAAGUUCCUGAUCAAGCACUACGCCGGUGAUGUGCUUUACAACGUCCCGGGUAUGACCGACAAGAACAAGGACCAGCUGAGCAAGGACAUUCUCAACCUCAUUGAGGGAAGCACAGACCCCUUCCUCCGCACCCUCUUCCCAGACAAGGUCGACCACGACUCCAAGAAGCGUCCCCCUACUGCUGGUGACAAGAUUAAGGCAUCCGCCAACGACCUCGUCACCAACCUCAUGCAGUGCCAGCCCCACUACAUCCGUACCAUCAAGCCCAACCAGAACCGGUCUGCCAAGGAGUAUGACGACAAGGCGAUUCUCCACCAGAUCAAGUACCUUGGUCUCCAGGAAAACAUUCGCGUCCGUCGUGCUGGUUUCGCCUAUCGUGCCGAGUUCCAGAAGAUGGUUGAGCGUUUCUACCUCCUGUCUCCCUCGACGUCGUACGCUGGCGACUACAUCUGGGAUGGCGAUGCCAAGUCUGGCUGUGAGCGCAUCCUUUCCGAUGCACGCAUCUCCAAGGACGAGUGGCAGAUGGGUGUCACUAAGGCGUUUAUCAAAAACCCCGAGACCCUCUUCUACCUCGAAGGCGAGCGCGAUCGCUACUGGCACACCAUGGCCACCCGUAUCCAGCGCGCGUGGCGUGCCUACGUCCGUCGCAAGGUCGAGGCUGCGAUCAAGAUCCAGCGCUUCUGGCGUGGCCAAAAGGACAACCUCGUCUACGCCGCCAAGCGCGACUAUGGCCACGACGUUCUCGCUGGUCGCAAGGAGCGCCGCCGCUUCUCGCUUCUUGGCAUGCGCAAGUUUAUGGGUGACUACCUCGAUGUCAACGGCCGUUCCCCCCAGGGUGAGCUGCUCCGCAACGCCGCCGGCAUCUCGUCUUCCGAGGUUGUCUCGUUCAGCUCGCGUGGUGAUCUCCUCGUGUCCAAGCUUGGUCGCUCGUCAAAGCUUUCGCCUCGCUUCCUCAUCGUCACCGACAAGGCAUUCUACAUUGUCGUCUCGGCGGCCAAGGAUGGACGCGUCACCACGUCACUGGAGCGCAAGAUUCCUCUCGUCACCAUCCGCGGCAUCUCAAUGACCAACCUGCGCGACGACUUUAUCAUCCUCAACGUCAACCCAUGCGAGGAGGGUGACCCGGUUAUGACUUGCUCGUUCAAGACCGAGCUCACGUGUGUCAUUCUCACCGAGGUCGGCGGCAACAUUGCCGUCAACGUGGCCGCGAACAUUGAGUAUGCCAAGAAGAGGGACAAGAAGGUUGGCAUCAAGGCAGUCAAGGGUGCUGGCACCGGCGACGCGACCUACAAGUCGCACACUAUCACUGUUGGCCAGGGCGAGUCGCCCACUGCUCGGUCCAACCCCAACCCCCCGCGCAAGCCCAAGGUCAAGAAGGCUCCCAAGGCUGCCCCUGCUGCCAUGGCUGGCCGCUCGCAGAACCGUCCUCAGGCUCGUGCACUUCCUGGAGCGGCCAAGCCUUCCGCUCCUCCGGCAGCAUUUGGUGGUGCCCCCGCUGCCCCUGCUGCUGUUGCUGCUCCCGUUGCCGCUGCUGCUACCAGGGCCGUGCCGACCGCCGUCAAGGCUCCGGUGCCCUUCAAGGCUGCCGGUGGCGGUGCCCGUGCUGCUCCUCCCCCUCCCCCUCCUCCGCCUCCUCCCGCCGCGGCACCGCCGGCCCCUGCAAAGGAGCUCUACCGUGCGCUGUACAACUUUGCGGGCCAGGAAGGCGAGAUGAACCUUGUCAAGGGAGACGAGGUCGAGGUCAAGGAGAAGGACGACAAUGGAUGGUGGAUGAUUGCCAAGGACGGCAAGGAGGGCUGGGCGCCGAGCAACUACCUCAAGCUCAUCGAGCAGCCCGUCGCUCCUCCCCCGCCCCCUCCUCCCCCAGCCCACCGCCCUGUCCCGGCCAAGCCUCCUGCAGCCGCCGUUGGUGGUGGUGCGGCCGCGCUCGCCGCCGCCCUCAACGGUCGAAACGGCGGGUCCAGCGGUGUCUCGCCCUCGAGCACGCCCGGUUCGUCGCGCCCCACCUCGGCGAUCGGUGGCCGCGGUCCUCCACCCGCCAUCAAGGCCAAACCCGUCAUCCCGCCCAAGCCUGGUGCCAAGCCGGCCGGGUUCGGUGGCAAGCCGCCUGUGCCCGCGGCACAUAAGGUGGCCGCGCCGGCCGCUGGCGGUCCAGGAAAGGUCGCCCGGCCCGCUGCGGCCGGUGGCCAACUCGACCUGGCAGCUGCGCUGGCGAGGCGCGCGCAGAGGAUCCAGGAUGACAGCGACUAG